UUACGCUUGGCACAAUGCAGUCAGGCAAGUACCGUUCUCCUGGCAAUCAACAAACCCAGACUCGUCCAUCGGACUGCCAGACAGAGAAGCGUGAUUCAUCACUCCAGAGAACACACGACUCCACUGCUCUGGAGUCCAGUGGUGGCGUGCUUUACACCACUGCAUCCAACGCUUUGCAUUGCACUUGGUGAUUUGCUUCCACUUUGUUAUAAUUUGUUAUAAUAUUUAGUAUCAAGGAAAUGUCACGGAUGGACUUAUUGCACAGGUGGCAACCUAUCACAGUAUCACGCUUGAUUUCACUGAGCUUCUGAGAGCGACCCAUUCUUUCACAAAUGUUUGUAGAAGCAGUCUGCAUGCCUAG